AUCUUAAAGCUUUUUUAUGCUUUGACCUACUUUCAAGAGGAACGAUAUUGUACAUAAAGUAUGGCGGCCGAAGUGAAUGCAAGAUCUAACAAGAAUUCAACAAUAGCUUUUACUUUGCCAAUUUCAUGUCAAGUAUGUUUAGGAAAGGUUAAGAAUCCAGUUCUAUGUCCAAAUCAUCAUGUAUUCUGCGGCCCUUGUAUGGAUGUUUGGCUGCAGAAAAACAAACAGUGCCCUGCAUGUAGAACUGCCAUGACAGCAGGCAAAAAAAUUCUUGGUGGUUUAAGCCAGCAGGAAGAAGACACAGAAAAAUUGACCAAUCCUGAUCUCAGAAAAGCUAGAUUUGAUCUCCUAUACAAAGAAUAUGAGAAUGAGUUUGAGCGUAUGCACUCAGAAAUACAGUUGUUAAAAACAGAGAAUCAGAUUCUGAAGCAGCAAACCAGAAAAGAUGGCCUCACCCCUAGCAGAUCGGAUAGUAGCAGUUCUAAAUCCACAGACACUAGUCACCUACUGGCACUCACGAAAAAACUUCAAGAUGCCACGAAAAUGUAUGAGAAAGUUAAAGGGGAGCUAACAAGACUUAAACAGGAGAAUACAAAUUUAAAGGAUGAAAAUUUGAGUUUAAAUAGAGAAAAUCAACAUGUAAGACAGGAGCUGGCAGGCAGAUCUCCACACAGAUAUGGCAGAAUCACAGUGUCUACACUGGAGACAAACCUUGCUAGUGCAGAGAAGGACGUUACUAGGCUCACAAAAGCUCUAGAGAGAUCUGAUAAAUACAUUGAAGAACUUGAAUCAGAGCUGGAUGAUUAUCGUGGAAAAUCUGGCUCGUCCAGAAGAUCUGAUAGAGAUGACAAGCCUCUGACUAAUGGUGAUCUUGCAAACAGGAAGUACUCUUCAGAUUCAAAAGUACCUCCACCUAGAGAGUAUGGGAAAGGGGCAGAUAAUCAACACAGAAGACAAUUGUUUUCUGAUGACAUGGGUGCUAAAACAAGUUCAGGUGAGAGGUCUAAGUAUUACUAUGAUGGAAAUGGGGAUUAUGAUGAUGAUUACAAAAGUGAUGGGAGAUCACAAGGUGCUAAGAUAAAUGGAGAAAAUGGCGGAAAGAAAAGGGUGACCUUUGACCUGAACAAAAACACAAAUAGUACAAUGUCAUUCGACCUUGAAAUGCCAAGUCCACUUAAAACUUCGGCCAAUGCAAGUGGGCUUGCGAAUGGAAGGGUGUCACCAGUGAAAGGUGUGUUAAAGAAAACAAACGGUGCCAGUAAAAAAGGAAGUUCUAGUGAUAAAUACAGUGACAGGUCUGGUUAUUCCACUGACUUGUCUAAAGAUUCACUAUCAGACAGUUAUAACCAAAAGUCAGCUGAUAGGUUAUCUCAGGAUGAUGACCUCCUUUUUCUUAAAAGUAGGUCAAGGUCAUCGGGUGAUAGGGACUAUGAGGAUGACCUUUAUUCAGGUUCAAAGAAAAAGUACAGUGCAGAUGACAGUGUUCUAAGUGCACCAAGUGACCUAGAUUCUAAAAGGUCUCGUGAUAGGGACUAUUCAUCUAGGUCACGAUCAAGUGAUUAUGAUAGCAGGAAAAGGUCAGAUCCUCUGGACGACCUUGAUGGUGAACUAAGAAGGUCAAGGGGCACAAGAGACGGACUUGGCCUUGAUAAAAGUGAUUUAGAUGACACUCACUAUAUAGAAAGUGAAUUGGACGAAUUAAAUAUAUCAUUAACACCGGAAUUUACUGAUUGCAUGAAAAUAUUAAAUCGUGCUGAAAAGAAUGUUCAUACAAGGGACAUAGACCCGGUUACUGACGAUGUUCCUAAAUAUAGAUCAACAGAUACCGAUAUGGAUACUGCGUUUAGGUCGUCUACCGGUAGUAUUGGCCAGAGAAAUGGAGUAGGGGACGAUUUUAUGUCAAACUAUAAGACGGACACCAGCAAAUUUACAUCGUCCUUGGAUAGUUAUUCUCGAGGAAGACAUGUAAGAUCUGGGUCACUAGAUAAUUUAUUUAUUGCCGGAAAUGCCGAUCAGUAUGAAAGACCAAGCAGUGCGCUUCCAACAACAUCAAACAUGUAUUCAAGCAGCAAUCAAAAUAAAUACAUUGGUGGACUGACAACUGGUAGAACAACAUUAACCAGGACUCCAUCACUGGAUAAUCUAAUGAUGUCUCGAGGUUCAACGGGUUUCCAGAAUAAAUAUAGUUCUGUGGAUGACCCGUUAGGAUUAAAGUCUAGAUCCAGUUUUCCUGGGUAUUUAGGCAGACGUUCAUAUGGUGAGGAAGAAAAUAAAGUAGAUGUGCCAGGUAGUGCACCGGUAACGGCCAAGCACGAUAUUUUAGGGUCACAGAGUUCUGGUAGCAGUGUUGGUGAUAGAUACAGCAGCAUUGGUAGCGAGGGACGAUCAAGUCUUGACACUGGUUUAGAUUCACAUGCACGUGGUUAUUCCUCAGAUAAGAUGGUUUCCAUGGAAAUGGAAAUUGGUAGAAAACUCCCACCAUCUGGCCGGCAGACACCAACUCUGCCUGUCUCCAGCACUGGUAGCGACCCUGAUAAGCAUUACUCUUCCGGUAGAAUCACACCUACCAUCCCAACCCACUCUGAAUAUAUGGCCCUCUCAAAACCUAGCACAGAUAAAUACACUUACACUGCUAACACUGGUUCUGGUCGCAGCACCCCUACCCUCACAAAUAACACUGAUUACUCCUCACUAACAAAAUCAAGUGGCCCAUAUUCAGGCCCAUCUUCCUUGCCAACAGAUAUGUCUCAGAAGCCACCUACUGGUUCCAGGGUACCAGAUUUUGCACCAGCACGAAGCGCUACCCAAGGUUCGUACUCAAGCCAGCUACCUCCUUAUCAAAGUUCGACCACAUCUUACACUAACCCUGGUGAUGGUUAUCAUAGUUUACCUAACUAUACUAAUUCUACUAACACGAAUACUGGUGUCGGUAAUGGUUAUGGUGAUCGGUUUGAAAACCGGACGUCUGUUCCGUCAUAUAUGGGUCAGUCUGACUCAAAUAACUAUGCAAGUUCUGUAGGUGCUAGAAGUAGUAACUUUGCUAGUGAUAAAUUAGAGUAUGGUGCCAGUUCUAACUAUAUACCUAACGAUAAAUAUUCUAAUAGUAAGAGUGUUUCUUCAUUUAACGAUGAUAACUAUAAAGACGGCACCGAUUUUUCUAACUUUUCUACAAAAGUUGCUGUGAAUAAUAACAUACCAUUUUCUGCUUCAUCAUUGUCGUCACAGACUAAUUUAUUGUCUGCUUCCUCUGCAGGGUCAUCAUCAUCAUCACUUGGUCUGUCAUCAUAUCCAGGACCGUCAUCAGCAUCAUCAUACCUGCCUACAACCUUGAACUCUCUGACCUCUAGUAGUUCAUACUCUACCGCCCAUAGUGUUCCAUUGACCUUCACGACCUCAUCGUACACGAGUAGUGUACCUGCUAACACGUACUCCUCUAAAGGACUUGAUCCUAUAUCAGAGUCGGGACAUUACAGCUAUGUAUCGAAUGUUUCCGGAGAUUAUUCUUCUAAGAAUGACACGUUUGCUCUUCCGGAACCAAAGAAAAGACUGUUUGAAAACUCGGAUGAUCUAGAUAUGUCCAUGAGUCCGAUCAAGUCUAAUAGACGAUUCUGAUAUUUUUGUUGACUGAGUUGUCGUACUUCAGCCAGUAAUGUAGAUCUUGAUUUAAUGUCAAGAUUUGAAACUCACACCAUAAAGCAGCUUGUUAAGUCUUUAAAGGUUAAAAUUCUGGUUCUUCAAGAAAUAUUCCUAAAAUAGGCUUAAUUACACCAUAUCAGUUAAAACUGAAAACAUGCAGAAAAAUACAUUUUGAUGGUGAAUUAUUUUUAUACCAAAAAAAUUUGUAAAACAAAUCAUGAACAUGAUUAUAUUUAUCAUUUACAUCCAUUUAGUAUCUUACUUUUUCUUAAAAUGCAAAGAUGGAAAUUUUCUGCUGAGAGGCAAAUCAGUUUGUUUUUGAGUCGUAUAAGUCUUAUUCUUCGCAGUUUAGUUAAGAAAUUUUGCUAGUUUGUAGAAUAUUUUUGUUUAAUAGAGGUUGAAAUAUUAAGGAUAAGUUUCAAAGAAUACCUUAUUGAUAAUUUCAUUUCCUUUCAUAUUUUUUAUCAUGAGUUACAUCCCUUUGUAUGUAAUUUGACAGUUGUAGAAAUGUUUGUUUAUCAGAAGUGCUUGUAUGUAAAUAAUAUGUUAAUUUAUUUUAUUUAUGUCAACACACAUCAAUCAGUAAUGUGCCUUCUUUUUUUGUCAUGUUUGUAUUUUAUAACCAUUUUUUGUAAAUAUAUGAAAAUCAUUUUUGUAUACAAAGAUAUUAGUUUAGUAGUCUGGUUGUAAUUUAUGAAGUUCUGAACUUCAUAAUGGUAGGAGCAUUGCAUUGAUUAUAAAGGGUUGUUAGCCAGUGAGAAAAGUUUUUAUGUCAAUUUUAUGAUGUAAAGGGAUCAAAUUUUCAUGGGUACAAGUUUUCAGUCAUUUGCCUGAAGUUUAGGUUUUUCUAUUCUUGAAAGCUUUAUUUUUCUAAAUGAAAUACUAAAUUCAGCGUUUUCAGGUUUUCUGAUAUUUUUAACUUGCACCCAUUUUGUGACCAGUUUGUGAACUUCAAAAUAUCAAAGACUCAUAACUAUAUCAUGAUUUUUAUCUUCAACUAUCAGUGACUGAGAAAAGUUAAAUGCGCUGUCCUACUGACAUCUCUUUCUUGUUGUCAUCUUUUAAGCCAAUUGUAUUUUC